AUGAGCGUCCUGCUGCCCAACAUGGCGGAGUUCGACACCAUCUCGGAGCUGGAGGAGGACGGGGCGGCGGCGGCGGUGGCGGUGCCUGAGGAGGAGGAGGAGGAGGAGGAGGCGGUGGAUGAGGAGGAAGAGGACGAAGACGAUGAGGAGGAGGAAGAGGAGGAGGAGCCGCCGCCGCCGCCGAGGGUGGUGAGCGAGGAGCAUCUGCGGAGAUACGCGCCCGACCCGGUGUCGGUGAGAGGAGCCGGACACAUCACCGUGUUUGGCUUGAGCAACAAGUUUGACACUGAAUUUCCCUCUGUUCUGACAGGGAAGGUGGCUCCGGAAGAAUUUAAGACCAGUAUUGGCCGGGUGAAUGCCUGUUUAAAAAAGAACCUUCCCAUCAAUGUCAAGUGGCUGCUCUGUGGGUGUUUGUGCUGCUGUUGUACACUGGGCUGCAGCUUGUGGCCAGUAAUUUGUCUCAACAAAAGAACUAGAAGAUCGAUUCAGAAGUUAUUAGAAUGGGAAAAUAACCGAUUAUAUCACAAGCUUGGUUUGCACUGGAAGUUGAGUAAAAGGAAAUGCGAAUCUAGCAAUAUGAUGGAAUACGUAAUCCUAAUAGAGUUCUUACCAAAAUAUCCCAUCCUCCGACCUGACUGAGAAGCGGUUGUCAAUCACUUUCAUGUUACCUGUCAUUUCCUACCCUUAGUGCCUUGUAGCUGUUUUUGAAAAAACGGUCUACUUUGCUGUGUUUAAAAUGUUCUUUAUAAUGGUAGAAUAGCCUCCUCGCUAUGGUAUUUUUCAUUUGGUUCAGAGGGAAACAAUUUGCACAUUUAUUUUUUUAUGUUCAGUGAGGCUUCUGUGUUGCACUCUGAGUUUUUAACUGAACAACCAAUGAUGUAGUUGCCACUAAGGAUUUAACAUCAGUGCUGGUUAUAACUUGUUCUAAGCAUGCUGCCUUAUAAUUUCCGUAUCCUCCGUCCAUUUCUAAAUAUGAUGUCAUUGUUCUGGGGUUUUCAUCUUGAAGCACUGUGCUCCUGUAAUCCCUUAAUGGGCACACUCAAUUACACUUCUAGUAGCCAGCAAUGAUUUUACAAUAACCUGCUUGCAGAGGACAUGGAAUUAACAGCACUGGUUUUGUCCUGAACUUUGCAGAAUCAUCGCGUAUGUCAGUGGGUACGAUGCUAAACUCCCCGACGACUUGUAAAUAAUGCCUCUUCGCGUAAUGUAAAGUGCGGUAUGCCAAGGUUUACAGAAUGUAAUGUAGCUCUUACUGUAUUGCCAACAAUUCCGCAGAAACUCUUAACUGUGAAAGAGGUCGGGGCGAGCAGGGGCUUUUGUGGCAAAGCCAUAAGAAGGUAAUUGGAGUUUUGGGGUUUGGCUGGUGGCCCUUUGUGAUGAGGAGGUGGAGGAACACAGCACCACUGUUCCACGUGUUCUGCCUCACCCCUGAAGCCAAGUCCCAUAUCUGGCUCUUCAGCCAAUGUAGUCAUUCCUGUUCUUUCCUGACCCUGACAUCUCACCGGACUACCAACCAGCAUCCCCUGAGCCAGGGUUUUUCUUUGCCAUUUCAAAUCCCUUAUUCUCCACGUAUCCCCCCCACCCCAGCCCAACCUCUGUCGCCCAUCUUCUUCCCCCCGCGUCCCCCCAUCCAGUGUUCCCCAGAUGAGACCAGGUUGCCACGUGGUAUCUAAGGGGUUGGGGGCCGAGGGUCUGGAGGGGGGGAUGGGGUAAUUGAGAUCACUUUCCCAGGUUGAUGUUCAGGACUAGCCAGCAGGCCAUCCUGUUUGCAAGAAAAUCUGCACGUCACCCCAAGUCAAAGAACUAGCAGACUGAUUGCAAUGUGUAGACGGUAUUCCCACCGAGCCCAGCCCUCAAGAUGGAUUCAGCACACGGGAGGAGUCUGUUGCUCUGGUUUCUACCGCAAAGCGGGGCUAGAUGCCCUCACCCUGAUCUACUAAGUGUUGUCUCUUCACACAUGAGUUGUGGAUUGAGUGGGGAAAAAAAUUCUCCAAUUUUCUGAACAUCUGUCACGGUGGGGGUUGGGGGGUCUGAAUCGAUAAGCUGGUGUAAUAAGAGUGUCUCAGUGGGAGUGUUACCGAUAAGGUUGAGAACAAACCUGCACAGGGAGGAGGAGGUAAAGCCUCCGGAUUGUCAGUCGCUGCCAUCAGUUAGCCUUCUAAGCAGGCGUGCCUGGGGAGUGUUCGUUUUUUGUGUUACUAUCCAAGCUGUAAGUGUUAAGCGCUUAGUGUAGUGCUCUGCACAUAAUAAGCAUUCAAUAAAUACCACUGCUGAUAUUCAAGGCUAGAUUUGCAAAGGCCAGAACUUGAUAUCUGAAUUGGAAUUAAACACCAACCUUUGUGGAGGAGAAAAAAAACAAACCAAAGAGGAUCCUGAUUUGUGGCUUUGGGCGUUUACAUGAGUUCCACCUUCGCCCAAAAUAAAUCUGGCUCAUUGGAGGCCUUCCCACUCCAAAUACCAUGGGGCCUGCCUGCUUCCCACUGUUGGGUAGGGACUGUCUCUAUAUGUUGCCAGCUUGUACUUCCCAAGCGCUUAAUACAGUGCUCUGCACACAGUAAGCGCUCAAUAAAUACGAUUGAUUGUAAACUCUUGAGUUUUUCCCCAGGCAAGGUGAAAAUUUGGGCACUCUUAACCACCAGUGGCCUGUUUCCCAGCCAAGGUCAGGAAGCACAGUAGUCGUCGUCAUUGUUGUCAUGGACUGGGUUCCAACCAGCGCACCGGAGCCCCCCUCCAGGCCGUGACGUUCAAAUGCCGGAAGCUUAUCUCCUCUUCCCGAGCACAUGCUGCCCCUCCCAAGCCCUGCUGAGUUGCGCUUAAAGAAUGAUGGCGAGCUGGGAGUUGUUUCUGUGAAACAUAUAUUGGGGCAGAAGGUCGCCUGGUGGGGAGUAAGGAAAAAGAAUGGAGUAGAAUUGGUAAUUCCAGAGCCACUUCUGGAAAAGUAGAAUUUGAGGCAGAAUGUGUGGCCGGCUAGUCUAGAGUCAGCCCGCAGGUGUUUAUUUUGCCAGCUCUGAAACCUUUAGUAGUGACUGCCCAGCAUUUGGAACAGUGCUGUUCAUUGUGUUUACUGGUGGUGACUGCUUGAUGGCUCCAGCUUCUCAGGAAUUACCCCGGUCGGUUGCCAUAUCUCGUGUGAUUAACUGGAGUUACAAACUGUUUUUCUGGGGUGCCGGGGGUGGAGAGGAGGGGGCAGACGAACAGUUGGAUAUUAUUAUUAUUAGUCUACUUUCUUGCAGCUGCAGU